CCCGGAGCUGACGCGUCUUCCUGGGGCGGUGCAGCCGGGGAGGCGGCUGGGCCGGGGGAGCUUUCCAAAAGCCAGGGGUGCUAGCCGGGUCCCAGGCAUCAGGAUCGCAACCCGGGCGAGCUAUGGUGGUCCUGAACGGGGCAGAUCCUGGAGGAGCAAGAGGAGGCCACGAGGAGCAACCGGGAGCCCCCCCGAAACAGCCCUAUGGAAGGAUCGAGGAUUGCCUGCCGCCACUGGCCAGCCCCACCGCCAAGAGGUUCUCCCCGGCGAAGCGAAAGCAGUACUACAUCAACCAAGCCAUACGCAACUCGGAUCUCAUCCCCCGGGCCAAAGGGCGCAAGAGCCUGCAGCGCCUCGAGAACACACGUUAUCUAAUGACUCUCCUGGAGCAGGAUGAAUGCACAGGCGAAGACGGGGAGGUCACGCACCCGGCCAGUCCGAGCAUCUUCACCGAAGCCUGCAACAAUGAGACGUACAUCAAGAUUUGGAACGACUUCAUGAACCGGUCUGGCGAAGAACAAGAGCGAGUCCUCUUGUACCUGGAAGAGAAGGCGGCGAAGAAGCAGAAGGGCAAGCUGGCCGACAAACCGGAUGUCAAGUGGAAAGAACACUCCGGUGACACCCCGCAAGAGUGUUUCCAGCGCAUCAGCCGGCGCUUGAGAACGACCCUGAAACGGAGCCGUAUCCCAAUGGGGACCCUGGAGUGCCUCGAGGAUGAGCUAUUGGCCUUUUUUUCCACCAGCCCUCGUUCCGUCUACACGGCAAUGAUGGACAACAGCUUCGAAAGGCUGCUCCUUCACGCCGUCUGCCAAUACAUGGACCUCGCUUCUGCCAGUUCUGACUACGAAGGAAAACGCCAGAUGAAAGUUAGCAACAAGCACACCAUUUUCCUGCCUCCGGACCCCCUUCUCUCGACUUACCUGGAGCAAAUGAGCUGAUGGCGGCCCGGGAGACAGCGGGGGGCGCCCCCCUUCCAGCAUCAAUCCGGGUCAUCUUCCGGGGGUCGUCCCCCCUUUGAAAUUUCUGCUUCCGUUGGCUUAAAAAAAAAAGUAUUUAAAGACAAAUGAGUUGUGGCGGGGAGGGCAUCUCUCACCGGAGAUGCUGGGGGCUAGGGAUGUUGUCUCUGGUUGCCUAGCAACCGCCUCCCAUCUCAGUAAGGGAAGGAUGCAGGCCAGCCAAUGCUUUUGUUGCCUGUGGUUGCCUAGCAACCGCCUCCCACCUCCCCAAAACUCCAUGUCAUCCGGUUCGCUCCAAACCAGAGCCGGGCUUUGGCAAAUGUUUUGCAGCG